AAACCAGAACACCUAUCAUGCUCUACCCUCUCUCUUCCGUUUCCGCCAUGCCCACCUUUUCUUCUUCUUGUUCCUCGCCUUCUCAGAAAUCCAACAAGAGAAAUUCUUCCUCCACUAAUCCCAAUAGCUCCACUUCUAAUACCCUCCUUUGUAAGCAUUCCCCUUCUGCAACCCUAGAUAUCCUUAUUCUCAUCCUCGUUCUCUUCUCCUGCACAUUCCUUGUAACGUCAUACUUCUCUUACAUCUUCCGGUCCCUCUCCCAAAUCCUUCCUUCUCUGCUCGUCUUUCACUCCGCUGCCUUUCGGGAGUCCCCUUUCCCCUACAUUCUAGGGUUUCUUGUGUUCUUCACUGUCGCUGUUGUUUCCGUCGAGAUCUGUUGCAGUUACAGGUCUAGAAAAUGCGAGAAUCCUGGUUGCAAAGGUAUGAAGAAUGCCAUGGAGUUCGACCUUCAGUUGCAGACAGAGGAUUGCUUGAAAUCUUCCUCCAAGGAGAUCGAUAACCUACCCUGUAAAGGUGGGUCCGAGACGAAUCCCGAUUAUGAUUGUCUGAGGUCUGAGCUCAGAAAGAUGGCACCCCCCAACGGACGGGCAGUGCUUCUGUUUCGAGCGAGGUGCGGCUGCCCCAUCGCUAAGCUGGAGGCUUGGGGUCCCAAGCGUGGUCGGAGGCACAAGAAGGCUGGGGUCAAUCUGGCAAUUGAUGGAGGUGGGGAGCAGCGCUGAUUUGUUCAUGGUGUUUUUUCUUGGAUCUGUUUAACAUAUCUCAGGUUUCUGGUUUUUGUUCUUUCAUUCACAAUUUGAUGUUUAAUUGAAGCUUCAUUUUCCAGAAGACUUGACACUUGCUGAGAACAAUUUUCGUGAACCUACAAGUUGGCGACGUAUCUCCUCACGAGAUCAAUCUCCUGAUGUAUCUUUUGUUGAGGGAGAUAUUCUCUUUCUUGCUCAUGAAUGCUCGAAUUAUAGAAAAUCAAUACAAAUAAUUUCACAAAAUUAGAAU